UGUGAUGAUCGUGGUGUUUGGGCUGGAGUACAUCAUCAGGAUCUGGUCGGCCGGCUGCUGCUGUCGCUACAGAGGAUGGCAGGGUCGCCUCCGUUUCGCCCGGAAGCCUUUCUGUGUCAUAGACAUCAUCGUACUGAUAGCCUCCGUAGCGGUGGUGUCGGCAGGAAGCCAGGGUAACAUCUUCGCCACGUCCGCCCUACGUAGCCUCCGCUUCCUGCAGAUCCUGCGUAUGGUGCGCAUGGACCGGCGCGGCGGCACCUGGAAACUGCUGGGAUCAGUGGUGUACGCACACAGCAAGGAGCUGGUGACGGCCUGGUACAUUGGCUUCCUGGUCCUCAUCUUCUCCUCCUUUCUGGUCUACCUUGUGGAGAACAAGUUCAACAGCGAGUUUGCCACCUAUGCUGAUGCCUUAUGGUGGGGAACGAUCACCUUGACAACCAUUGGUUACGGCGACAAGACCCCGAAGACCUGGACCGGGCGCAUGCUCUCAGCUGGGUUUGCACUACUGGGCAUCUCUUUCUUUGCCCUGCCAGCGGGUAUACUGGGCUCAGGCUUUGCCCUGAAGGUCCAGGAGCAGCACAGACAGAAGCACUUUGAGAAGAGGAGGAACCCAGCCGCUUGUCUCAUCCAGUGUGUUUGGCGUAGUUAUGCGGCUGAUGAGAACUCGGUUUCCAUUGCUACCUGGAAGCCUCAUUUGAAGGCGUUGCAUACCUGCAGCCCUACAAAGAAGGACCAGGGUGAAUCGUCCACAAGCCAGAAGCUGAGUUUCAAAGACCGGGUCCGAAUGGCGAGCCCCAGGGGGCAGAGUAUUAAGAGUCGGCAGACGUCGGUGAGCGACCGGCGGUCCCCGGGGACUGAGGCUGGGGGUACGGAGGGCACCAGCCCUGCCAAGGUCCAGAAGAGCUGGAGCUUCAACGACCGCACCCGCUUCAGACCCUCCCUCCGCCUCAAGAUCCAAUCACGCUCCACUGCCGAUGCUGACUCUAACAUGACCACUGAGGAUGGGUUUGGUGAUGACAAGGGGUGUCACUGUGAGAUCUCUGUGGAGGACCUGCUGCCUUCCGUCAAGUCUGUCAUCCGAGCCGUCAGGAUAAUGAAGUUCCACGUGGCCAAGAAGAAGUUUAAGGAGACGUUGCGUCCGUACGAUGUGAAGGACGUCAUAGAGCAGUACUCCGCCGGACACCUGGACAUGCUGUGUCGCAUCAAGAGCCUGCAGACACGAGUGGACCAGAUCCUGGGUAAAGGCCAGAUUCCUCUGGAUAAGAAGAUCCGGGACAAGCUCCUGUCUGAUGGAGACCUGCUGGAGGACAUGAGUAUGCUGGGACGCGUCUGUAAAGUUGAACGGCAGGUCCAGUCCAUUGAGUCGAAGCUAGACUCCCUGUUGGACAUCUACCGGCAUGUGCUACGUAAAGGCUCCUCCUCUGCCCUUACCCUCUCCUCCUUGCCCCUGUUUGAGCUGGAGCAGACCUCAGACUACCAGAGCUCUAUCCUCUUCAAGGACCACUCCACCUGCUCUACUCAGGUCAGCAGCACCGGAGGUGGGCCAGGGAUAGAGGGCCAAGGGGGAUGCGUGACCCGCUCCUCCACCAACGCCUCAAACCUGUCCCGGGGACUUCACCUUAUCCUGGCGCCGCCCACCGAGCUCAGCCUCAACCUCAACACUGGCACCAUCUCGCCUUCUACCGGUGGGCCCCCGCCCUCCUCGUUCAGUCCGUCGCCCCUUCCUCAACAUCACCACCAUCGUCAUCAUCAUACCCUGCCGGAAAGUGGGGAACCAGUCCAUAGCGGAAGUUCUUCUCACUCACCUCCUAUUCUUACUCCUAAUUGUGUAUCUGGAGGCGGGGGGUUUCCUACUCUGGCCAGGCCCCCACCACCUCCUCCCCAGCCCAGCCGGACAGUGGGUCACUCCAGGCCGGAGAGGGAGAGGGAGGUGAAGGUGGGCGACUUCUGUGGAAGCCCGGAGGAGAGGGAGGAUGGUGAUGUGUUAGGCCCAGAACAAGGCCUCAGAAUCGGGAGGCUGGGGCAGUCAAGAGGGGGGUCCAGUGGUAACAGCAAUGGCCGGCCCUGCAAUGCCAAAGCAGAGGGCUCCUGGAGGAGACACACAAGCCUGGAGAUGGAGCCCCUGGUACCCCUCUCUUCUGCUCUGGGAGGAGGAGGCAGCUGCUCCUCCGGCUCCAACCCCAGACAGGUGGACCGAAGCCUGGGCAAGUCCAUGUCCGUCCAAGACCUGGGGCAGGGGGGGACGACCACCUCCAUGGCCCUGGAUAGCCACCACCAUCCUAGCCUCAGCCUCUCGUCCCCCAGCCCCUGCAGCAGCGACUCCCCCACAGGCUCCCACAGUAGUCAGGACCCUGGGGGAGGGGGCGGCGGAGAUGGCUGGGGGGAGGAGGACCUCUUUAUCAGCGACAGGGAUGUGGACGCCCUCGCUCUCCCCCCCGAGGCUCAAGGUGGAGCCUUUGGCUUUGACUUCCUGUCCCAGGGAACAGCCGACGCAACCUCUUACUCUUCAGAGCUACUGAGGACAGACCCGGGGCUUGGGGCGGGGUUAAGUGCUCUGGCGGGGUUCAAUAGGAGCCUGCCGAGCGGGAACACGUCAUCGCCCGCCUCAGUUGGGAGCACUGAGUCCCUGAGCAUGCCGCACGUACGGCUAAAAUAAGACACACCCCCGUGUCGUAUGGACCAAUCAAAGAACCUCACCUUAUAGAGAAGCUCUUUAUUCUAUUUUUGGAGGGGUGAGGGGGAACAGGGAGGGACUAUAAUGGUUAUUUCUGUUUAUUUUUAUGUUGAUUCAUUUGAUAAAAAGCUAAGUAUUUUUCAUCCAAGUCGACGAUACAUGAACAUAUCAUUGCAUGAAUUAUUAUUGAAGAAAUCGAAACAAAGAAAAUAAAAAAGUUAAAAUAAAGAGAGAGAGCUGUAUAAAAAGAGACUUUGAUAUAUAUAUUAUAUAUAUCUAAAAAACAAGCAAAACUUGAUCCUGAAAGACAGUGGGUUGAUCUGUGAUCUCGACUGCAUGAGCACUGCAUGUUUUCAACUUACCCAUGUUACAACUUACCCAUAAGUCAUCAUUCAUUAACACAGGAAGUUGUUGAUGCCUAUAGGCCUUAUGGCAAAACCCUUCUAGAAAACGUUUCCUUAAUUUUAAUACACAUAAUCAUGUACAGUAAAAGUUAAAGUAUGGGGCAAGUUAAAUGCUUACAUGAACCCAAUAUCAUACUGUUAUCCAAAGCUUCUGAGGCAGCCAUCGUGAAAUGAAUGUUGCCUCAAUACGACCAAGUUUUUCACCCACAUCAGUUCCCUAUAAUAGUUUCUCAUUUGAGUGACUAUUGUGGACAUACAAUGGUACAAAACACCCCUCAUUGUAAUGAUAGACUUGCCAAGUCCAGGUCAAUACUAGUUUGAGGUAAAUUGAAUUCUGCCAACAGGUCACACACACACACUCCGGGUAGUUUACAUACUAUAUAACCAUUGUACACAAGCUGCUACACAUAGUCCCGGGAAAGGAAUAACUUCUAAAACAGGAGACGAAUAGCUGCUAAAGCCAUAGAAAUAGAAUUACUAGAAUACGGUCCACCCAUCAUGACACCUUUGAAUGGGGAUGCCCGUUCUAGUACUUCUAUGUCUAAAACACAGUUCAAUUGCGCACCCUGAGGUGUUUUCCAUCCGACGACCAAGGUAUCCACAUUAUCAAUGUGAUUUCUUGAGAUACCUGUGUAUCUUCUCAUUCAAUUUUUUUUUUUUUUUGUUACUUAUAACACAAGAGAGCAAAACACGAAGGGAGAAAAUGUGCGAAAAUAUAUUAUGUUAUCUGAUUAUGUGACCCUCUUUUAAUUAAAUGAAGAUACUUGCAGUCUUAUGGUUUGUCGAAAUCACACUCACCGGCUGUAGUUCUUUUAAUACAUUAUAUUUUGAAUGCUUAUUAAAUUGCUUAAACUGAAGUUGACAUGCUGUAGAAUGUAUAUAAUGUUAAUAAUCUGUAAGUGAUAUUUUGCACACCCUGGCAAGCAGUGUGAGUGACAUCAUGGCUAAUGCUAACAACUAUUAACCCUUUUGACUUAAAGGGAUAAGUCACUCAAAUCACAAAAUUACAUUGUUUUUCUUACCCUUCAAGCAGUCUUUACAGGGUACCAAAAUAAAAUAAAAUGUAAUUUGGGUUGACUAACCUUUUAAGUGUUACAGAUUCAGGUACAACAGGGUCAUGUUCAAUAGGGCACAAUGUAGCAAAACAUUUUGAAAUGGAAUGCAAAGAUGACUCAUUGGACACGCUCAACCUCAGGUAGUAGGCUACCUCAUCGGUUUCAAAACGUUUUGUAACAUUUUGUGCCUACUGAACAGGAUCCUGUAAGGAUUAUUGGAUGUUUCACCAAGGGGGUUGUUUCAAAGGAGAGAAGUCCAUUCUAAACAACAUGAAAUUGUACGCUAAAUCCAAAGCUCCAGUACACAUACCAUUGGAAACAGAAACAUUAGCAGAAACAUUUAUGGUCAAUUAAAUCCUUAUUGAAGGCUUUACCAGAAUAUGUGAAGUAUAGAAAACAUGCAGUACAUAACAUGGUGCCUUUCUUAGCGAUAUACUGUCCAUUUCAACAUGUUUAUUGGCACCCAAUGUGUGGGUUGUUGACCUUUUGUGCUGAAAUGGUCACAGUUCAUUUGUUUCAUCCCUUGUAUAAAAAUAAA